AUGGAGGGAGCAACCCGCCAGGCUUCGAGACUAGUACAGUCUCGGGGCACAAAUAUCCUCCAGCAACGCAGCCACUCGCUUCGACCAACCGCCGCAACAUGCGUGACCCGAACACAGUUACGAGCUGUAUCAAGCUCCCCUCGCAACCUUGCCCCCGAAUCUCUCUUCAGCGGCUUCGUGGCGGACUCUCAGCAAAAUUCCCGCGGUGCGCCGACGUAUUUUAACAACCGCCCAACCCUCCCCGCAAACACCGUUGUGCGAUUCGUUCCUCAGCAGACAGCAUGGAUCGUCGAGCGCAUGGGUAAAUUCGACCGCAUCCUUGAACCAGGUCUCGCGAUCUUGGUUCCGUUCUUGGAUCGCAUUGCCUACGUUAAGAGCUUGAAGGAGUCGGCUAUUGAGAUUCCGAGCCAAAAUGCCAUCACGGCGGAUAAUGUAACCCUGGAGCUGGACGGUGUGCUUUACACCCGUGUGUUUGACGCUUAUAAGGCUAGUUACGGCGUCGAAGAUGCAGAAUACGCCAUCUCUCAACUUGCGCAGACCACCAUGCGAUCGGAGAUCGGCCAGUUAACCCUCGACCACGUCCUGAAGGAGCGUGCCACCCUCAACACCAACAUCACACAAGCCAUCAAUGAGGCUGCCCAGGAAUGGGGUGUCGUCUGCCUCCGUUACGAAAUUCGGGAUAUCCACGCUCCGGAGGCCGUCGUCCAGGCCAUGCACCGUCAGGUCACCGCGGAGCGAUCGAAGCGCGCGGAGAUCCUCGACUCUGAGGGCCAGCGCCAAAGUGCCAUCAACAUUGCUGAGGGUCGCAAGCAGUCCGUUAUUUUGGCUUCGGAGGCCGAGAGGGCCGAGCGAAUUAACCUGGCCUCUGGUGAGGCUCAGGCUAUUGAGCUCCGGGCUGCGGCUACUGCUCGUGGAAUUGAGGCCGUUGCCAAAGCUAUCCGGGAGGGCGAGCACGAUGCACACAGUGCUGUUAGCCUGAGCGUUGCUGAGAAGUACGUCGAUGCUUUCGGCAAGCUUGCUCGCGAGGGCACUGCUGUUGUGGUGCCGGGUAAUGUCGGUGACAUGGGUGGCAUGAUUGCCAGUGCUAUGUCUGUCUACGGCAAGGUCAGCGAAUCACAGGCUAGGAAUCUUGCUGCCAAGGCUAUUGGUGCCGAGGAGCAGAAGCCCGUUGGCGAUGCUGAGAAGGUCGAGGAGGUGGCAUCUAGGGAUGGCGUUGACGAGAGCAUGCUGGAGGGUCUCAACGAGACCAACUACCAGCAGCAGCAACAGCAGCAGCAGCAAUGA